GCCGGAUCCGCAACCCCGUUCAGUGUCUUUCAUCACUUCCCAGUUUGGUCAUCAUCACUCUGGGCGUUGAGGUAUGGCUCAACUUGAAGUUUACUACUGUGCAUAGGCGAGCGAGGCGACAGUCCUGACGUGCCUGAAUCUGUUACCAUCACACCACUAAGAUGUCUGCGAGGACUGAUAGCAACACUAGUCAAGCUGACAACGGCAACAAUCGCUGAAUCGUUCCAUCAUGGGUCGACUUCCUACUGCAAGCGAUCUGCCUGGAACACUUCAAGCUGAUAUCGUCCCUCCUCCCAAAAAUGACCAACCCACCAACGUCCUGGUCCUCCUCCACGGCCUCGGCGACACCAAACUCUCCUUCACACGUCUCGGCCAGCAACUAAACCUUCCCGAAACCGCAUGCAUCUCCGUGCAAGGCCCCAAGAACGUCCUCGACCUGGGAGGUUUCCACUGGGGCGAUGACAUCCUAUUCGAUUCCAACACAGGUGGGCUGGACUCCGAUGCUGGGUUCCGCGAGACGCUUGCCCUCUUGACGCAGCUCGUCGAUGAGGUGCUCGUGGCGAAAUGCGGAUACAAGUAUCGCGAGAUUGUCCUGUUAGGCUUUGGACAGGGAGGUAUGGCGGCGUUGAGGUUGGCUGUCGCUUUGCACUCAUCAGCCUCAGCUCAACAGUCUCCCUCCAUCUCAAAAGAAUUCGGCGGAGUAAUCAGCAUCGGCGCCGCCUUACCCUCCGACGCGCCCGCCUCACUCGACCCGCUCUGCAAAACUCCCAUCCUUGUCUGCGCCGGCUCAGACCAGUCCUCGGUCACACCCUCCUCCGAGGAUAAAUUGAAGCGGAAUUUCGAAUUUGUGGAAGUGAGGCGCUAUCGAAAACCCGGGGAUUCCAUGCCCAGCAAUCGCGAUGAGAUGAUGCCGAUUAUGCAGUUCUUCUCGAGAAGAUUAAGGAGUGUGAAGGGUGUACCGGAGGGCAGUAUCGAGGUCUCGUGAUGCUGGUCGCAAAAUGGAAGGAGAGAAGACGAAUUAUGAAUUAUGUGUCUAUCAUUACCGCUCAAUCUGAGACUGAAUUUGUUUCGAG